AUGACCAGGCGAGAGCAGAUUGGAUUAUCUGUCAAUAUGGAAGAGCUCAUGCCUUACAUGCAAUAAGAUUAGGACCAUCAUUUAUUAAUCUUCCAGUAACAAAAGCUAUCGUUGCGAAAAAAGCUAUUUUAUCGCGAUAUUUCGUUCAAAAGCUCCUUAUAAACUUUGGCAAACCUGACCAACAGUUACUCAAAUUGAAAAUUGCCUAUAAUAUGAUUGGUCAAGCAGAUAUUAGUAGAAUGAAACAUAAGGGCGCACUUUUGAUUCUUUUUCCGCCUAUGCUCUCACCAGAACAGAAAAAACAAAAUGUACGAUAUAUUAAAAAGAGACUCACCAAACUAUUAAAUCUUGGCUUUCAAUUAAAUUAUAAUGCUAUAACAGAUGCUUUACAUUUAUUUGAACAUAGAUUAAAUGUUAAAACAUUAAAUAUUUUAUGUAAAAAUUUGGAUCCCAUCAGAGAUUUGACUCUAAACAAGAAAUUUAUCCCAUUUCCUCCAAUACCUAAGAGAAAAAAGAUCGAUUCAUAUCAUGAGCAAUUUAAUUCGGAAGAAUGUGCACCUAAUGAUGGUUUUGAGAGUAAUCGUCAGCUCAACAUCACUGAACGUGCAAUAUUGAUCCAUAAAGAUUUAGUUAACUUAUGGAAACAAAUUGGCUACUAUGAAAUCUGUAAUGAAGUUAAUAAUCUUGUAAUGCAAGGCGCACUUUUGAUUCUUUUUCCUCCUACUCCUUCAACAGAAUGGAAAAAACCAAGUGUACAAGAUGUUAAUAAUACACUCAACGAAUUAUUAAAUCUUGGCUUUCAAUUAAAUUAUAAUGUUAUAGCAGAUGCUUUACAUUUAUUUGAAGAUAGAUUAGAUAAUAUAGGUAACAUAUUAAUGGGAUCAUUUUUACAUGUCAAACAAGAAGUCCCCGACACGUUUCUAUAUCACUGUUUAAUCGAGACAUUAAGACCUGAGCGUACAUACAAGGUGAAUGUUUGGGACUUCAUAUACUCGUUCAUUCCGGAUAAAGCUGAGUGUGAAUUCAAUAGAGCAUUUAAUAAUUUGAGUAAUGCAUCAAUUAUCAUCUCUGAUAUUCAUAUAAAGCCACUUGCUUCAUCGACCAAAUUUUAUAAGUGGGUACUUCGAAAAUUUGGAACUAACUCACUAAUAACUGCUCUGUGCUUUAAUGAUCUUUUGGAAACACGUGCUAGCCUCGAUAUUCAACUUCAGAAAUCAAAUGUUGAUGUCUCAAUCGGGAUGAGUCAAUGCAUGUUCAAAGAAAUCCGUGAAACCUUUGAAAUUUACUGUUACACGAAAAAAAAUUUCUUGCCUUCACACUUGAAAAUGAUUCAACAAAAUGACAUUCUUGGGCAAUUAUUUGAUAAAGAGAUAACUUUUCCAUUACAUCUAGAAACCACUAAAAGCUCAAAUAAUGAUCAAAAUGGCUUUCAAAAUGUAUUUCAAAAUCAAAUAUUGUCGACUGAACGAGCUAUAC